AUGCCAGUGCCACAGAACGAACAAUUCGUGAAGCUCCUCGAAGUUCAAAGUGUCAAAUUGAACGAAGUCAAGAACAAUUUGAGACUCAAUCGCUACAAGGCUCAACAAGACAUUCGUCACGCUGUGGCAGCGAUGAUCGUUUCCCUUCGUGAGCGUGAACGACAAUUGAUUGGAGAUCUCGAUAGAGCAUUCUACCAAAAAGAGGGAAAACUCAUCAACCAAUUGGAUAUUGUUGCAGAGGAAUUAGCCGCAUGUAAUCUUGGCCUCCCUGCUGCUAAUGCGAUUCUCAAUGUGGACGAUGAUGUGCGUCUUGAAUUGGAUCUUCCUAUUUCCGACAUUCGAGCUGUUCACGAGAAAAUCACUAAAUUAGGAGAGAUUCGUGUUUCGCAUGACUGUCAGCGGCUCCCGGUGAAGAAGGUCGGACGUACUUUGCCACUUGAUAUGGAAGCAUAUGAUGACGACAGCAUGUGGCUUUUGAGCAAAAAGAGCAAGACUGACACCUCCCCAGAAACUCCACACGAAGUAGAUACUGUCAAGAAUUGGCUCAGUCGUCUUCCAGAUGGUAACGCUGCUCUCAACUUCGAUUUGGCUUCAUUUGCAAGUGGAGAGACAAAAAGUGAGAGCUCAGAGAGUACUGCAAGCUCAUUCGAAUUGCUUAAUGAAGUUGCUAUGUGUUUGAAGUAUACUGCCAACGCGGAUAGAGCAUUCAGACAAAGAAUGGAAACAAUUCAUAAUGAACCAAUGGAUAAGUGGCUGCUCAGAUCAGACGAGGAAUGCACUUCGACUCAUUUGCCACGUGCUCCAGUUCCAGAAAGUUUCCGAGAUGAUGAUGAUGAUUUGGAUUUUGAUGGAGAUGACGAGGAUAUGGAAGCCGAAUGCUCUUCUGACUCCUUCAAGUUCGAGAACGUCAUCAAUAAACUACAAAACUCAGAUGACUCCCAAUGGCUGAAUCGUCCUGAAGGAAAAUCUGAAGACGAUGAAGAAGAUCAGAGUCCAGCUGCAAAUCACAGAAGAUUCAUUCAAAAACAAAUGCAAUAA